GGUUCAGCACGCGGCCCUCGGGCUGAAAGGGUCCCCCACCCCCGCGGCAAAGAGAAACUCCGCGACGCCUCCCGAUGAAAUGCCCACAAGGGUGGUCGCCGUCGCGUGGCGGGUUUGCCCCUCUCUGGCCCCCGCCGUCCGCGCAAGGCGGGCCCCCCAGGCCGGCCGAGACGCUUCCCCGGCCCCCAAUGAAGGCGCAGCGCCUUCCCUCCGCAGCGGAGCGCCGCUGCCUUGUCCCCAGGCGGGCGGGUAAGGGCGCGCCUCGGCUUUGCGCUCUGGGCGCUGCCCCGUUCCGGCGGGCUCAGCAGCUGGGGGUGGGACCGGCCCACACGGGGUGGGCGGGCGACCGAGGAGGCAGGAAGGGCAGGCAACCAGCCGGGGAGCGCUCCUCGGGGCUGGGCGGUGCGAGGCGCCGCCGCCUCCUUCGCACCCCGCUUUCUCUUCCUUAAAGGACAACUUUUUGAGGAAGCCGCCGCCGCCGCCGCCGCCGGGUGCUUGUGGGAGGAGGGCUGCCCCGGGGAGGCGCGAGGAGAAGGCGGAGAAAGGGGGCUGGCGGUGGGUCGGGCGCCGCGGGGCUCGCCCUCUUCCUCCUCCUCCUCCUCUCCUCCUCCUCGCUGGACUUCGGGCUCCUUCCCAGCUCUCGCCGCCGGCGCCUCCCUCCGUAUCCGGGAAGGAGCGGAGCGCCCGCGAGCCCGGAACUGCCCGGGGCCUCCGCUCCGCUCCGCCCCAGCCAGGCGGCCCGAGACGCCCUCGAACUUUGGCUUUGCCGGAGGAGAAGGAGGCUCGCUCGCCUCGGCCCGCUCGCCAUGAGGAGGCUCCGACUGGCCAGAAGGGGGCCCUGGCUGGGCAGAGGCUGCCUCGUCCUGCUGGGGGUCCUCACCGUCGUCGCCUUCUUCGCCGUGGAGAUGUCCUUCCCCAGCUUCCAGGCGCCUCUCCCGGGCGACGGGGACCUCACUAGAGGCAGGCCGUGGGAGAGUCGCUUCUCAGCCAGGGCGGAGCAGCCCGAGGAGCUGGCCCGCCCCGUCUACGAGAGAGCCCCCCCAGAUGCCAGCGCCCCUGGGGAGUGGGGGAAGCCUGCCCACCUGCAGCUGAGCGCCGAGGAGAAGAAACUGGAAGAGGAGCUGGUGGAAAAGUACGCCAUCAACAUUUACCUCAGCCAAAAGAUCUCUCUGCACCGCCACAUCCAAGACAGCAGGAUGCCCGAGUGUAAAGCCAAAGAAUACAUCUACCGGAAGCUGCCCACCACCUCGGUGGUCAUUGCUUUCUACAACGAGGCCUGGUCCACCUUGCUCCGCACCAUCCACAGCGUCCUAGAAACCUCCCCGGCCAUCCUCCUCAAAGAAAUCAUCCUCGUUGAUGACUUGAGUGAUAAGGUGUACCUCAAGGCCGAGCUCGAAAGGUACGUCAGCAACCUGAAAAGGGUUCGCUUGAUAAGGACGAACCAGCGGGAAGGCUUGGUCCGGGCGCGCCUGAUAGGUGCCACCUUUGCCACCGGCGACGUCCUCACGUUCCUUGACUGCCAUUGCGAGUGCGUCCCUGGGUGGCUAGAGCCGCUUCUAGCGAGGAUUGCCGAGAAUGAGAGCGUGAUCAUUUGCCCAGUUAUUGACACCAUCGAUUGGAACACCUUUGAAUUUUAUAUGCAGUCGGCGGAGCCCAUGAUUGGUGGAUUUGACUGGCGGCUGACAUUUCAGUGGCAUUCUGUACCCGAUUACGAGCGCCAAAGGCGGAAGUCUAAGAUCGACCCAAUAAGGUCCCCGACUAUGGCCGGGGGGCUGUUUGCUGUGAGCAAAAAGUACUUUGAAUACCUUGGUACAUACGACAUGGGGAUGGAUGUCUGGGGGGGUGAAAACCUUGAACUCUCAUUUAGAGUAUGGCAAUGUGGGGGCCUCUUGGAGAUUCAUCCUUGUUCACAUGUGGGGCACGUCUUUCCUAAGCGGGCUCCAUACGCCAGGCCAAACUUCCUCCAGAACACAGCACGGGCGGCAGAAGUGUGGAUGGAUGAAUAUAAAGAACACUUCUAUAACAGAAAUCCCCCAGCACGGAAGGAAAAUUAUGGAGAGCUCUUGGAGAGAAAACUCCUAAGAAAGCGUCUGAAAUGCAAGAACUUUGACUGGUAUCUCAAAACUAUCUUUCCUAAUUUACAUGUACCAGAGGAUCGCCCUGGCUGGCACGGAGCUAUCCGCAGCUUGGGGAUUUCCUCGGAGUGCCUAGACUACAAUUCACCUGAACACAAUCCUACGGGGGCUCAUGUUAAUCUCUUCGGAUGCCACGGCCAAGGGGGCAAUCAGUUCUUUGAGUACACAUCAAAUAAAGAAAUCAGGUUUAACUCCGUGACUGAACUCUGCGCUGAGGUUCCUGAACAAAAGGAUUUUGUAGGCAUGAGGAACUGCCUGAAAGAUGGCUUUGCCAUCCCAGGAAACAUUAUAUGGCAUUUUAAAGAAGAUGGAACCAUUUAUCAUCCUCAUUCGGGGAAGUGCCUUAGUGCUUACCGUACCCCUGAGGGCCGCCCUGACGUACAAAUGAGGACAUGUAACGCGGCAGAUAAAAAUCAGUUGUGGAAGUUUGAGAAAUAGAAUUGGCCUGUUGAGCUAGUAGUCACUGUCCAAGAGUACUGCCCCAUCCAGAUAGUGGGUAGUCCUAGAGACAAAACUGUUACACUGCAUUUAGGUAACUUCUGAAAGGAUUUUUAACAGCCUUGGGAACUACAGUGAAUGACUAAAAAACCAGGUGUUAGGGAUUUUCUGAUACAACGUGCCUUUUAUUCUAAACUCUAAGGUGUUCGCUUAGAAAAACAACGAUGAUUAUUUGUAUUGCAGUCUUUUGGGAGCAACAUAGUUCUUGGUUUGAUCUACAGAUUAUUUAACGUUUAUGUUACAUGUUACUGGAAGAACGCGGGAAGACAAUUAAACACAGCCAUAGUACAGAUAAUUUAUUAAUGCCAAGGAUGGGAAACCUGUGGCCCGCGAAGUGUUGCUGGACUACAGCUCCCAUCAUCCCUGAGCAUUGGCCAUGUUGACUAGGACUGUUGGGAGUUGUAGGCCAACAACAGGAGGGCCACCGUUUCCCCAUCUCUGAGUUAAAUGAUGCUUGUAAUAUGUGGCUAAAGAACUGGGUUUUUUGGGGGGAGGGGGAUCAAACAUCACCACCAGGGUGCUGUCUAAUUUAAGUGUUGCACUUAAGAGUUGGUUUGAGUAUGCUGGGUGGAAAUAUUUCUUAGCUUUAGGACAGUCUUCCCCCAAACUGGCACCCUCUCCAUGUUUCAGACUCCAAAUCCCAUCAGUGUGCUUGCUGGGUGAGUUUUGCAGUUGCUGUGCGGUGAUGUCUCUGUAGAAGUGGGUUGCCUGAAAUUGCCCCAUUUGCAUUGGACUCCUGUGGAUCCCACCCCUUCUCAAAGUUGCAUUGGAUUUUUGACAUGUUAGAGUAGUCUUUGCCAACCUGAUGCCCUUGCUGUGGUGGCUAGGGCUGAUGGGAGUUGUCCAAACCAUCUGGAGGCCACGGGGUUGGCAAAGACUGCUCUGGUGUCCCAGAGAACCCAUCAUGUGAUGACUGUGUCAAUAUGUGGUGCAAAGCAAAUGAUAGUCUGAAUCUACCCUUGAGGCUUAUUAUUGUUUUAGAAUCAUGACUGUAGAAAUCAGAACUGACAGUAAUAAGAAACUAAUUGUUCUGUAGUUUUGAUGUAAUUCCUCUGUGCACAUAAUAUGCCAUGGUAUUUCUAUGACACUUUAGCACUGUAGUACUUUAGUAUCAUGCUAUGCUUUGGUAGGACUGAGGCAUAGAAUGUCUUGAAUAACUGCAAGUGACCUUGGGUUUUUUUAACCAUUUUUUGCUAUUCUGUGCCCACUGCAGCUCUGUGCGAAGCACUAUUUCUCUAGGAGCUUGUCUAAGCUAUGCAAUUUUUAUCCCCCUAUAUGCCUUAUUUUAAAUAGUUCAGAAAAGCUUAUAUUUUCUUAUGAAGGAAUGUUUAUAUGCUUAAUCUGAAGAUGUGUCAAUGUAUAAUACACUUGGACAUCAAUCCUGAACCCACUUAGUAGAGAUUAAGUCCUCUUUAACUUUGUGGGACUUGCAUCAGAGUAAACAUACACAGGAUUGCGCCGUUAAUAACUCCCACAUGGAAAAAAAGCAAAACUGAACAAGUAUUUCAUUGGUGUAUGAACAAUACAGUUUCUGGUGGGAAAGAAAAGAAUACAAUAAUUGUCUGUGUCUGUGUGUAAGUCAAGAUUUAUAAAUAUUUUUAUACUAAGAAUUUGCAUUGGCAAUCUUAACUGUAGUGUUGCUACUAAGUUUUACUUCACUUCAGAGAGGUAAUACUGUUUACAGGCUUCUGAAACAUUUGAUACCUGGAAAGUGAAAGUAUGCAUUAAUUAUACUUCAGUUCUUUAAUGAAUUAAGAAAUUAUUUUGGGAAAUUUUACUGUGAGGAAUUUAAACUACUGAUUUCCAGUGUCUGUUUUUAAGGAAAAAAAUAACUCCACAAUGCAUAAAAGUGAUUAAAAACUCCUUGAAAAAAACAAAUAAACUUUUUUUCAAUUUAAA